UUGCCUUGCUGUGUGUUCAGCCAGCAGGCUCCAGAGGAGGAAGCACAGGGCAGGGAGCCGGGCUCAGCUGACAGCCUGGUCGUGGGCAGCACCCUCUGCAGACAUAGGACCCCAAGCUCCAGGUGACACCAGUGGGCUGAAGAUCUCCUCACCCCACGGGGCCCAGCAGGAGCAAUGGGAAACCAGAUGAGCGUUCUACAAAAAGAAGAAGACCAAGAGAAUGAAUCAGAAGCAGAGACUUACAAGGUGGCACACGACAGUCAGUGCGCUCCAAAUGGGGUCCCAGUGGUGGUGUCAACCCACACUGUCCAACGCUUCGAUGAAGUUGAUUUGGGAAGAAGAGUCCAGGAGGUUAAUGUGGCCACUUCGUCCCCCAAGACGACAGGGAUGAACGCUGCUGCAGAUGCCAACGGAAAGAAUCUUGGGAAGGAGGCCAACCCCCGGGCACCAGCUGCUAAAUCGCAUUUUUUCUUGACGCUCACUCGGCCUGUACCAGGACGUACCGGAGACCAAGCCACAGAUUCAUCCAUUGGGUCAGUGGCGCUCGAUGUCAGCCCCAGUGAAGCUUCGGCAGACAAAGGCCCGAGUGACAGCCAGGCGCUUCUGGGAGCAGGUGCAGCGGGCCACGCCGUGGAUAAAACCCCCGGGCCCACCACGCGCGGCCACCAGGCCCUCCCCGCCGCGUGGGACCCCGCGCCGCCCCCGCCAGAGGCCGAGCGAGCAGCGCCCGCCAAGCCCAAGGACUCCAGCUUUUUUGACAAAUUCUUCAAACUGGACAAGGGACGGGAAGAGGCACCUGUGGACAGCCGGCAGGAACCCGAGAGGGCAGAGCGCCGAGACGAGGUGGGCGAGGUCCCUGGAGCGUCCUGCGUGUCCCAUGUCGCCCCUGGAGGGGAGGACUUAGUUGGCGGCAAAGGAAAAGAAGAAGAAAUAGGAACCGUGAGUUACUCUGUCCCUGGGGACGCGGAAGGGCUGGACGUUGCAAAGGACUCCAGGACGACGGAGACCGAGGAGAGUGAUAAUCCCAUCAUGAGUUUCUUUAAAACUCUGGUUUCACCUAACAAAGCAGAAACAAAAAAAGAUCCAGAAGACACGGCAUCCAAAGCAGAGAGUGUGUGUGAUGGGCAAGCCAAGACAUCGGAGAUCCAGGCUAAAGUCGCCAAGAAAAAGCACCUGGAUAGCCCCAGGCUAGGACUUGCCUUUAGAAAAUUCUUCAAGCAUAAGGGUGCUGAAAAGUCACCCACCACUUCCGCCGACCUUAAGUCGAACAAAGCCAACUUUACACCCCAGGAGACCCCUGGGGCAGCCAAGAAUCCCAAAGGCAGCAACUCUCCGGGUCACGUGCAAUCUGUGAUGUCCACUGAGACGGGGAAGGAAGGUGCCAAGGAGAAAUCGGGACCUGCCUCUCUGCCUCUGGGCAAACUGUUCUGGAAAAAGUCAGUUAAAGAGGACUCAGUUCCCACAGGUGCGGAGGAGAAUGUGGUGUGUGAAUCACCAGUAGAGAUUAUAAAGUCUGAGGAAGUAGACUCAGCCUUACGAACGGUGGAUCUCAGCGAAGGAGAUGCCGCUACCCCGGAACCCGGUGAAAUCAAACUCGGAAGAGAAGACAGCAAACCUCCCAGAACCUCGCUGAUGGCAUUUCUCAGACAGAUGUCAGUGAAAGGGGAUGGAGGGAGCACCCGCUCAGAAGAAGUAAAUGGGAAAGACUCCAGCGACCAAACAGCCAACUCUGCAGAGAAGCCGGUCACGCCGCCAGAGCCCGAACCACCAGGAGUCGCGCAGAAGGGCAAAGAGGCCUCCUCCAAGGACAGGAAGGCGGCGGCCGAGGGCAGCAAGCGGAAGAACAGCAAGCCGGAAGCCAGGGAGCCGACGCAGUGCCCGGGGCCGGCCGCAGGGGGCGCCAACUCGCUGCAGGAUGGCGACAAGUCCCAGAAGAGGCCCGAGAAGCGGCGACAGUCCCUGGGGGGCUUCUUUAAGGGCCUGGGACCAAAGCGGAUGUUGGACGCUCAAGUGCAAACAGACCCUGUAUCCAUCGGACCAGUUGGCAAAUCCAAGUAAACAAUCACCACAGUUCCCACCAAGUUCUCCUGCCACCAAGAUCUUUCCUCCUUACCCCAUCUCCCCCCCAACCUAUUCCGUGUAUAUAUCCUUCUGAUGCCAUCACAUGAAUUCUGCAUACAAAUUAAGCCCGAGCUGUUAUAUACUGAGGUGUAUUAUUUAUGUCUUUGGUCUAGUCUUUUUGGGUAAAUAACUGUAACGGUGAUAUAGCAGGUUAACCAGUGAGGUCAGAAGAGUUGACGCUUACCAAGCAGGGAAGGGAAAGUGUGGAGGAAUUGGUUUAAGUUAUGAAAAAGGUUAGCGACAAGUUGCCAAAGGAAGGUGCCUGCUAGAAAGCAUUAAGCUUUGUAGGAAAUAAGUGCUCAUCCUGUAAGCUUGAAAAAAGGAGAUGAAGGGCGGCACCUGUGGCUCAGUGAGUAGGGCGCCGACCCCAUAUACCGAGGGUGGCGGGUUCAAACCCAGCCCGGGGCCAAAUUGCAACAACAACAACAAAAAAAAUAGCCAGGUGUUGUGGCGGGCGCCUGUAGUCCCAGCUACUGGGGAGGCUGAGGCAAGAGAAUCACCUAAGCCCAGGAGCUGGAGGUUGCUGUGAGCUGUGAUCCAUUUGUUUUAAGUUCAUAUUUCAAAGAGGGAGAACCCGGGCUGUGUUGAGUGGUUGCCAAUUUCCUGGAAUGGAAUGUGUGGGGUGUGAAAAAAAGGAAUGAGUUAAGAAUUGUUUUUCAAAUAAAGUCCUUGAAAUGUAUUGAUGAGAGGGAAAAGAUUGACUGGAGAGGGCUUAAAAUGAUUUGGGAAAACAAUUGCUCUUGAGGCUCCGUGACAAAGGGCAAGGAUUACAACUUAAAAAAAAAAAGCAAACAAAUGAAGUUGCAAGUAUAUUUUACGACACACGGGGGCGCUAGGGUCUCCAUUUUUAUCCCGCAUCCUGUAUCCCUAACAAAGAUUUUGUCUCUGCGAUCUUACAUUAUUAAUGUUUCUCAGAUGGCUGAGGGCUCGCUUCAUCUGUUCUGUCUGACACUUGCUUCAAAUGCAUCUGUAAUUUCCUAAGGUUCUCAGGAUGUGCUCUGAUAAAACCCUCCCCAUAACCUUAGUUAAUAAAAAUUUACGGAAGAUUAUUCAAAUACCUGAGUUUUUUUUUAAUACUUGUACAGAGGAACAAAUAGGACUGUGAGUCUAGUAAAAUGUAAUCUAAAGUAACAUGGAAUGGACUGAAAGUCAUGUACACUGUAUCUUUCUUUUUUUCUGGUUCAAUAAAAAAGAAAAUACAUUUCCUUCUAAA